AUGGCUGCCCCGCCAAAUGUGAGAACUUACACCAAAAUAACAGGCACCCCCGACUAUGAUGAUCCGACCUUCUGGGAUACGAAGUUUGCCACUGGUCGGGAUGUCGGGGAGUGGCUGAAUUCGGGAGAAAUGCUCAUCGAUGCGGUAGUAUCUCACCUGGAGAGCCGCUCGGCAACGAACCCAAGAGUGCUCCAUCUGGGGCCAGGCAUCUCGAAGCUGGGAGUUAAACUUUGCGAUGAAUUCAUUAAGCGCAACUGGGCCGGAAAUGGCAUCGUGAACGUGGACUUUUCCGCCGAAGCCGUUCGCCUUGGGCAAGAGACCGAGAGCAAAAGGAAUCCAUCACAUGCGAUGGGCUGGGUGCAAGCUAACUUGCGGUCUUGGGCUGAUGUCUCUAGAUUAGCUCCUUCCUCGCCCUUCGACGUCAUUCUCGACAAAAGCACAAGCGAUGCGAUUGCAACAUCUACGCCCGUUACCUUCCCUUUACCCUCCGACGCAUCGAGUACAUGCCCGACGGUACAAGAGAUUGUGGAUAAACAUGGAGCGAUAGAGUUGUCUCCUGUGGAGCUAUUGGGUCUACACCUCGCACCCCUCGUGCAGAAAGGGGCCCUCUGGGUCACUCUAUCCUACUCGACCAUGCGCUUCGAUAAUUUGUCUCAUAUGGCCCAACACUGGACUGUCGUUUCCCGGACGCCUUUCAAAGCACCCCAAGGAGAGACUUCAUCAUUUGCUUACGCGCCUGAGGUUUUCCACUGGAUGUAUAUCCUCCAACGGAAGUGA